AUGCAGUUCUCUCACGCUCUCAUUGCUCUCGUGGCUGCCAGCCUUGCUAAUGCUCAGCUUCCCAAUGUCCCUGCAUGCUCGUUGAGCUGCUUCGUCGAUGCUCUGACUAGCGAUGGCUGCUCCUCGUUGACCGAUUUCGCUUGCCACUGCGCGAAGCCCGCCCUUGUCAGCGACAUCACCCCCUGCGUCCAGAAGGCCUGUGACGUCGCAGACCAAGUUUCUGUCUCCAACGUUGUCGUUGCUCAGUGCUCAUCGGCCGGUCACCCCAUCUCGGUGCCUCCCGUCCAGACCACCACUGCAGGCGAGACUACUACCACCAGCACCGGUUCUGCCGAGACCACAGCCACUUCUACUUCCUCAGCCAUUGAGACUGGAAGCAGCAGCAGCAGUAGCGGAAGCGAGACCAGUGGGUCUUCCACCGCGUCGUCGGCUUCCACCGGCUCCAGCGGUACUACCGCCACCGGCUCCACCACCCCUAGCUCGGGCUCCGGAAGUUCCUCUAGCAAGCCCACAGGCACCUCUACCCCACUUGUCUCGGGCACCUCCGGCUCAGGUUCCGGCUCAGGUUCCGGUUCCGGCUCCGGCUCAAAGACUAGCAGUGGUUCAUCUGCCACCACCUCGCCUGCAUACAAUGCCGGUGUCAGUGUUAAGGGUAACAUGGCUGGUGUCGCUGCUAUUGCCGUCGCUGCCGCCUACAUCCUGUAA